ACUGGACACCACAAUCGCAAUGUUUUUUUUUUUUUAACAUUUAAAUGUAUUAAUAUUGGAAUAAUUUAAAGUUUACGAGACGGACUUUUAGGAACACAUUUUAAAGAUAACCCAAAGACUCGGAGCCAUCAAAUCAACUGAAUAACAUUGUAUGAACGAUCAGGACAGUAAGUUAGUCUACCCCUUUUUAACUCCUCUUGUAAUAACUGACGUGUAUAAUCACUGUGUUUACGCAGGCAAGUUAUGGCAGCAGAAUUAGACGUUGUGAAUCUGUUUAUAAUUGCUGGGGGAACGCUGGCUAUUCCUAUUUUGGCAUUUCUUGCUUCCUUCCUUCUGUGGCCGUCGAUGCUGAUUAAAGUCUACUACUGGUACUGGAGGAGGACUUUGGGUCUCCAGGUUCACUAUACGGACUGUGGUGGCUAUCGCUUCUGUUACUCCAGCAGAGGAAAGCCCGGGUUGAGACCUUCGAUUCUAAUGCUGCACGGCUUCUCUGCUCACAAAGAUACUUGGCUCACAGUUGUCAAGUAUCUACCCAAACAUCUGCACAUUGUAUGUGUGGACAUGCCAGGCCAUGAGGGCACGACACGCACCAACACAGAGGAUUAUUCCAUUCUCGGACAAGUCCGAAGGAUUCAUCAGUUUGUGGAAAACCUUCGCUUAAAUCGCAAACCUUUCCAUGUGAUUGGGACCUCCAUGGGUGGAAAUGUAGCCGGGGUGUAUGCCGCCAUCUAUUCCUCUGAAAUAUGUAGCAUGACUCUCAUAUGCCCAGACGGUAUCAAACACCCAUCCGAGACCAAAUUCGACAACCAUCUGCAAGACCUAGAACGCAGUAAUUUCACACUGAACAUCCCACUGAUCCCAACUACACCCGAGGAGAUGGAGGACAUGUUUAAACUGUGUUCACAUGUUCGCUUCAAAAUCCCUCAGCAGAUUCUUCAAGGACUAGUGGAUGUCCGACAGCCCCACAAUUCGUUUUAUGAGGAAGUGUUCAUGGAGAUUGUGGAUGAGAAAUCCAGAUAUGCCUUACAGGAACACUUGCAUCUCAUCACUGCACCUUUACAGGUUAUAUGGGGCAAACAGGACCAGGUAAAAUCCAGUCAUUUGAAAGCCAACAUGAAUUUGUGUGUACUUUAUGCUCACGAGUACAAGACAAAGCAUAAUAUUAACCAACUUGUUUCAAUUCUGGGUGGUGGAUGUGUCUGGAGCCGCAGUCAUUGCAGACAUCUUGCCUGCAUGCAGAGUGGACCUGCUGGAGAACUGCGGCCACUCUGUGGUGAUGGAGAGGCCUUGUCGCACAGCCAAACUCAUCCUGGAGUUCAUUAUAUUGCAGCAAGAUGCAAGAGGUGGCAUGAAGAAAUCAUCCUGAAAUAACAUUUGC